AUGAAUGCAUUGGCUUCAGUAUGCAGUAGUGGGUGUGAGUCUGGUUGGACUCUAUACCUUGAACACUCUUUCCUGAAUCAGAAUGCUUCACAUAAAGGUUCUCAGCUUAUUAGUGAAGAUGAAGGAUUUUAUGAAGAAACCAAAGACAAAAACCCCAAAAACGAGGACGAUGGGGAAGAGGAUUUGUCCAUGGUUUCUGAUGCUUCUUCUGGGCCUCCACAUUUCCCAGAAGAUGAGUCUUACUUCAAUGCACAAGAUAAUGGCUGCUUUUAUUCUACAUCUAAGGUAACAAAACUUGCCAAGAGAAGUAAAAAGAGGCAGAAAGUUAAAGAAAAUCAACACCUCGAAGAUGAACACCUGUCUUCUUUUCUUGACGACACUGCUAGUUCUCCUGUCUUUGGCUUCUCCAUGAACAAUGUUACUGUGACCAAACAACAAUCUUCGACAGAGAGUAUGCUAGAUUACUCACAAGGUUUCUCUGCAACUUAUUUUGAGGAGAGAUCCUCGUUGCAAGACCACUUAGGUUUUUUACAACCAUCUUUAUCGGAAAAUGAAGUUCAUAACAACAAGUAA